AUGGUCGAGUCCAACCUCAAAGAGACCCUCUACCGCCAAUUCCACCAGGAUGUCGCAACGCUCCACAGGCAAAUCGAAAGCUUAUCUUCCCUGUCGACAUCUGGUGGCGAGCGCAAUCAAGCGAUAGACGACUGCCUCGCAGGCAUAGAUCGAUUAUCCCACGAUGUCCAAGACGCGUCAAGUCUUCUACCCGCGUAUGAUCAGCGGACAUAUAGCGAGACGAUCAAGAAGUUGAGUGAGAAGUUGUCAAGUGUGAGGAACAGCUUCGAUCCACCCAAGAAGUUCAGUUUCAAGAGCAAGAAGAAGGAUAUCAUGAAGCCAGAAGCUAAACCGGAGGCAUCCGAUACAUCGAGCGCGAAGUCGUCUUCUCUACUUGAACACCAGCCGUCGCAACCACCACAACAUCAAGAAACGGCGCAACAGGAUUUGUCCACGUCGACCCUCUCCCACAAGUCGCACGCCCAUAUAACUCUCGCUCAAGCCCUUUACGCCACAAGCUCACCAACGGUUUCCCAUCUUGCCCACUGUGUCGUCGAUCUCAGCGCUCCAACAAAAGCCGACGCACCCUUUGCCGCUCUUUACCUCCGCUCCAUAACCUCCUCGCUCAUCAUUACCGGCCAAGUCGCAGGAGCAAUCCACAUCACAGACGUCUCCAACAGUGUCAUAGUAACAGCGUGUCGACAGUUCCGUAUGCAUGGCAGCAAAGACGUGGAUGUGUAUCUGCAUAGUACUAGUCGACCAAUCUUCGAGGAUUGUGAGGGCUUAAGGUUUGCGCCACUACCUGAUUCCUACAAGACACCAGAGAUCGAGCAGUCAGCCAACCAGUGGAAUCAGAUCGAUGACUUCAAGUGGUUGAAGGCCGAGCCAAGUCCACACUUCAACAUACUCCCUGCAGCUGAACGUGUUCCUGAGGAGGUUUGGAGCGGAAACAUACCGGGUAACGAUGAGAGCCUAGAUGGUACCCUGCAGGCUGUUGGUAUACGGUGUCGAUAA